AUUUCCUCCUCUGCUGCUGCGGCUGCUCUGCCGAACACAGAUAAUCGAUCCUGAUCAAUAACACCGAUCAGCUGGGACAGCUGGCUGCAGCAGGGUGGAGCUGUUUUCGGGGAUUUCGCCGGGAUUUCUCUGACUGAGACUGAUGGCCACAGCAGACACAAAGCUGGGAGCAUCUGAUGAGUCCAGUUUGCAGUCUGACGAGUCGGUGAGGGGGUCCGAGGAGUCGAGGCUGCGGUCAGAGGAGUCCAGGCUAGGGUCAGAGGAGUCCAGGAUGAGGUCGACGGGCCCCGUGGGCUCCUGGGAGUCGGAGCUGACCUCCAUCCAGCAUUCCCUGAAGUUUGUGGUGAAGCUGAAGGAGGAGUUUGUUUGUCCCAUCUGCAAAGGAGUCGUGCUCAACCCCCAGCAGAACUCCUGUGGACACAUCUACUGCUUCCACUGCCUCCAAGGACUGCUGGAGACUUCAUCACCGUCCAGCCCAGUUUGUCCAGUGGAUGGAGCUGUGAUCACACCAGCUGAGGUUUUCCAGGACAACUGCUGCAAACGAGAAAUCUCCAGCUUGGAAGUGUUCUGCACCAACUCCCCGGCAUGCGCCUCCGUCAUCACGUUACACCACCUGCAGGACCAUCUGAGGUCGUGUCAGUAUGAGCAGCUGCAGUGCACCAACCCAGGCUGCAGGGAGGUGCUACAGAGGAGACACCUGCAGAAACACCUGACCAACGCCUGUCCUCACCGCACGGAGCCCUGCCCACACUGCAGGCUACCACAACAACUCAGCCUCCUCCAGGAUCACGUGCAGAGCUUGUGUCCAGAUGUGGAGGUGGACUGUCCCGACAGCUGCUCUCAGAAGGUUCCCAGACACAAGCUGACGGAGCACAGAGAGGCGUGUCCCGAGGUUCACGUCGACUGCUCCUAUAAGAAGUUUGGCUGCUCUGUGCAGGAUAAAAGAGGCAACGUGAAACUGCAUGAAGCUGCUGCUGUCAAUCAUCACAUGCUGCUGGUCCUGAGGAGCAACACCAGCCUGGAGCAACAGGUGGGGGUUCUCCAGGAGGAGGCUCUUCUGAGGCAGCAGCAGGUCCAGACUGACGGUUUCGAGCUCGCUGGUCUGCAGAAGAAAAUCAGUCCAUUACUGCAGCAGAGCAGCCAGCUUGAACACUUUGUGUCUACAGCUCAGAGGAGUCUGAGCAGGCAGGAGGACGUCCUGUCCACCGUCCAGCUGGACAUCCAGCAGGUCUCUCGUGGACUCCCUGGCCUGGAGGAGCUGGAGCAGCUCAGAAAGUCUCUGGAUGCUGUGAUGCAGGAGGUGUCGGCAGCAGAGGCCCUCAGAGAACACCUGGGAACUUUGGAGCAGAACCUGCAGCGUCACUCGGGUCUCCUGGACCUCCACGCUGCUCAGCUCAGUCGCAACAAGCAGCACCUGCAGGAGCUUGAGGCCACGUCCUACGACGGCAAACUGAUCUGGAAGAUCCAAGACUUCAGGAAAAGGAGGGACGCCGAGGUCAAAGGUCAGCCGCCGUGCCUGAGCAGCGUACCAUUCCACACCGGACGCUGCGGCUACAAAAUGGCCGUCAAAGUCUACCUGAACGGGGACGGCGAGGGAAGAGGGACUCACCUGUCCCUCUAUGUGGUCUUGAUGCCGGGAGACUUCGACGCUCUGCUGCCGUGGCCUUUCAGACAGACCGUGUCUCUGUCUGUUCUGGAUCAAAGCGGUGCCGGUAACCACCGGAGUCUCGGCUUCAGACCCGACCCGGCGUCCAAAAGCUUCCAGCAACCUGCCGCCGAGCCCGUGAGCAACGUCGCCGUUGGAUUUUCGUGCUUCAUUCCUCUUGACAAGCUGGAAACUCCACAGAACGCUGUGUAUGUCAAAGACGACACACUGUUUGUCAAAGCGAAGGUGGACAUGUCAGGGUUAGAGCACCUGUGACACUUCUUGGAGCCUUUGGUGUCACCUGGCGGUCGAUGGAGGAAUGACACAGUGGUAGACAAUGCAACACUGCAUUCAACGUGAUUGUGUUGUUUUUCAUCACAAAAUACCAGCAGGAUUUAAUGUCUCAAGAUCACAAUUUUGUUAUGUGAACAUUAUGAAGUCAUUGUUGUUGGAGACAGGAAAACGUAUUUGCACCAAAAAGGAAACAGUUUCUUACCUCAAAUAACUGAGGAGCUGAAGCUGUGAUCAUAAGACAGACAGGUUGAAAACAUCGAGGGCUGAAACACAGUCAGUUCUUCAGGGAACUCGCAGGAAGUUAUUUCUACAUGUUAAAGUGGCAGCUACUGUAACACUGUACCGUACUACUGAUCCCAGACUUCUUUAUUGUUCAAGGUGUCUUAAUUCUAUAGCUUGUAAAGGCUACAUAGGCCACCAUCACUUCAGUCUGUGAUUAUGAUCCUGCCUCACUCCAAAAUACCCAGUAACAACAAAGUUGUGUGAGUUGGUAAAGUUGGAAAGGCUGCUAAUCACUAAAAAGUUGAUGGAUUUCAGAUAGUUUCAGAUCUCAAACAGGUCCGGGUCAGAACUCAUACAGGUCCGGGUCGGACCUCAUAGAGUUCCAGGUAAGCAGGGUUUCACAGAGUGAUCUUCCCUCAGGUUUGAGGCAGAAUAAGAUAAAUGACCACAUUCUACAGUUCGUGUCUUUCUACACGUGUUUGUCAUUUAAUUGUUGCUCUAAAGAAAAGGAUGCACUGUAGACACCAUCAACAACGAGGUACUUAACCUUUCUGUGAAAGAGACAGUUCAGGGUUUUAUCAGGCCCCUGAGCAGGAAGAAAUGAUUAGAAUAAAGUUUUCUUUUAUUAAAUAAAGUGUGAUAAAAGCGGUCCCUUCA